AUGGCGACCGUCAACGUCGGCGACACCGUCAUGGUCCCCGGCGACAUGCAUGGCGUCGUCAAAUUCAUCGGCCCCGUCACAGGGAAGAAGGGAAUAUUUGCAGGCGUACAACUUGCGACAGAGUAUGCACCUCGCGGCAAGAAUUCUGGCGAGGUGGAUGGAAAAUACUAUUUCAGAACCACAAUCCCGGGCUCGGGCAUAUUCCUGCCUCUGGAGAAGGCUGUGAAGAAGCCCGGCAGUGCUGGCAGUCUAGGGCCUGGAGGACUGGGACUCAGCGGUGUAAGGGCAAGUCCUGGUCCUGGCACGCCCACCAACAGACUUGCCAGCUUUAAUCAGGGCGGGAGAACACCUGGCGUGACAACAGGGAUUGCAAAACCCUCCUUCAGUCAAUCCAUAGGCCCCGGUGCAAUGAGACCAUCGGGCGCCGCCAGCCCGGCCCUCAAACCGCCCCUGAGAAGGGAGUCCCUUCCGCGGCCCUCGAGUCCGCUGCGAAAAGUCAAUACCCCUACACCCAGAACGCUGGCCACGCCCAAGACGCGGCCCAGCGGUAUUGGUCUCGCAAAGAGCACAAACGGAGGCGGGCCAGGCGGUCCUUACGCCAAACCGGGCCAGCAACGCGGUGUCAACAACUUCAGCCAGAGUUUGAGACAGGGCAGCUCGACGGCAUCUGCAAGCCCGUCAUUGGGCCCUGAAUCAAGUUUUGAUGAAAUCCCCGAGCAGGAGGCCGAAUCCACGCCGACCCCGACUCCAAAUUUUAGCAGAAAGACGACCGAGACGAACGUGGAAAAGUACGAGACCAAGAUCCGCGAACUGAAUGAAGAACUGGAGAAUGCAAGACGCCAACUACACGAACAAGGCACGAGUUUUGCCGAGAUGGAACGCAAUUUCAACGAGAUACAAAAGCUUCUACCUGGACUGGAAGAAGAGCAGGAGGCCGCGAAAAGAAACAGAGAGGAUGGUGAAGAUGACCUUCCCCGGGAUGUCGUUUCCCUUAGGGAAGCCCUACGGGAGAAGAAUGACAAGAUCAAAAUGCUCACGGCGGAAUUUGACGCCAACCGCGCGGAUUUUCGCUCUACGAUCGAUACAUUGGAAAUGGCCAGUACCGAGACCGAACGUGUCUACGAGAAGAGAGUAGAUGAGCUGCUAGAGGAAGUGAGAAACCUACAGGACCGAAGUGAGGAUGUCGAGACAGUCGCACAGCAACUUAAGCAGUUGGAAGAACUUGUGCAGGAGCUUGAAGAAGGACUCGAGGAUGCUCGACGAGGGGAGGCUGAGGCGCGGGGAGAGGUUGAGUUCUUGAGAGGCGAGGUCGAGAGAUCGAGAAGCGAGUUAAGGAGGGAGAAGGAGAGAAUGAAGACAGAAGAGCAGUUGAAUGGUGGCGGUGGCUACUCGUCUUCCUCAAAGGUGCAAGAGCUCGAGGCGCAGUUGACCGCAAAGGAUGAUGAGAUCAGGGGCCUGAAAGCCAUCAUUCAAAAUCUGAACGCCAGCAGCCCCAAAAGACCCAACGGCAGCGCGGUUGCCAACGGACAUCAAAGAAAAGACUCGCCGCUUGGUGCUGAUGGCGAGGAGGAUGCCCUACAGCAACAGAUCCGCGAUCUUGAGGUUCUCCUGCAGCAAAAAAGCGCUCAUGAAGAGGAACUGGUGCAAGAAGUCAGACAGCUACGGAAUAGCGUCACUCUUUCAAAGUUCCCUAUGCCUAUGGGCGGGGCUGCAUUUGGCAUCCACACAGGUAUGCGCACAGGGCACUCUAGAUCAAACAGCGAAGAAUUGGAUCGCAAGCACCUCAGCACUGGCACUGUAGGGAGUCAGCGCACGGUCGUCCUUGGGCCGGUGAGACGAAACGGAGCAGGUGGGCAUGAGCGACAAGACAGCCAGACUACGGGUCAGGAAGCCUGGCAUGAUGCUCCGACCGGGGCAGCGUCGCCGUCAAGACAGCGUCACGAAUACGGCACUGGCGUGGGGGAUCGUGAGAGGUCUGACGAUGGCGUAACGGAUGUCUCUACUGCUGAAAGCGCCCUUCUAUGGUGCGAGAUCUGCGAAGAAGGCGGGCAUGAUAUCUUGACCUGUGGAAAUAUGUUUGGCACUGGCAAGAAGAUGACUGCAGACGUCGAACCCCCUGGUAUGGACGACAAGGAUGGCAGAGACGUCGUGCCUGAGGGCCCUCGGCGAGAGGGUGAAGCGAACGUCGACAAUGCUGAACAGACGCUGGCAGUGACGGCAGGACCACGGGAUGCAGAUCGACCAGCUCCCCUUAUGAGUCGAAAAUCAACAAACAACACCAUAACCUCGCCGUCGGACGUGCACCCCAACCCGCCGCCUACAGAAGACCUACCCUCUCCGCCCAUUGCACCAGAAGCACCAGACUCUCCAACAAUAAAUGUGGCGGCGAAUCCUCCCAUUCCUACCGCAUCCAUAUCCACACUCACGGCUGCUCCAGCUCCAGCUCCUACGAAGCUCAUCGAAGGAACAGGUGCACAAGCCGGUAUGUUGGCCGGGCGGACGACGGGAGUCAUUGAUCCGGAGAAGUGGUGUGCAUUGUGCGAGCGCGACGGGCACGAGAGCGUCGACUGUCCUGUUGAAGAGGCUUUCUAG